AGUUGGCAAACAUUAUGGCGCAAUAAAAUUUCUGUUCUUCAGUUAUACAUUUCUAAUUAAGAAUCAGUUUGCGAGUUUCGUGUUGUUGCAUUUCUUUCUAUUGUUGAAAAAUUUAACCCUCCUUUAUUGUCAUCAAAAAGGCAACAAAUAAAAAAAGAAAAAGACGCGAUUUAGAAUCAAAAUUAAAUUUUAAUCGGUUAAGUGAAAUUCUUUUAAAUUGGUGCCAAAUAAAUACAAGGUGAAUGACGACGGCAUCAUCGAACCAGGAAAUCAUUUAACACAAAGAGGUGCGAUCGACUUCGUCUUCCUGGGUUCAGGCGGCAAGAACCGGAAAAAGUAUUAUCGAGAUGUCGUUUACUGCUCGCAAUCAGUACAAAUUUACCCACACCUUCAAAGAUUAAAGAGAUAAAGCUAGACCAUAUUAAUCGCUCCUUGCAGACACCUUUUUCAGUCUAUUAAGAGCCAGUGAGCAAAGGUGUUUUAACUUUUCUUCUUUUCUCUCUUGACUAAAGAGGCAAAAGAGAAAAAAAAAAUAAAAUAAAAAAAUAAAAAGUUAUUCGUCAGUUGGAGUUGUGAUUUUUUACAAGGCAAUAUAAAGCAACAGUGUGGUUGUUCACCAAUGAACAAAGGGAACGGUCACAGACGGAGGAGAAAUCAAGGAACUCGCACAAAAUUUCGCCGACUAAUUAAUCCCAUUGCGAGGGAAUUACAAUCAACAAUUUUCAACAGCAAUUUCCACGAUCUAAAGAUCACGGAAUUUAAUAAUGGGGCUCGAUUUCCUAGCAGACGGAGGUGCAGACUUCGAACAUGCCAUCACCCUCACAGGUUUCGGGAAAUUCCACUAUAUGUUACUUGCAAUUAGUGGAUUAAUUUACAUGGACACAGCAAUUGGUGUAACAGUUUUGUCAUUCGUUUUACCAGCAGCACAAUGUGAUCUAGAAAUGGAUUCAACUGCAAAGGGUUUAUUGACUGCUGCUCCAAUGUUAGGUAUGGUUAUUGGAUCAUAUAUUUGGGGAUGUUUAGCUGAUACGAAAGGUCGAAAAAUCGUAUUAAUUGCAACAUUAUUAAUGGAUGGUAUUGUUGGUGUAUUAUCAUCGUUUGUUCAAUUAUUUUGGAUCUUCUUAGUUUUCCGUUUCUUUAACGGAUUUGCCGUCACAGGUGCAAUGGGAAUCGUUUUCCCUUAUCUUGGCGAAUUUCAACCAACGAAGCAUAGAGAAAAAAUUCUCUGCUGGAUGGAAAUGUUUUGGACUGUCGGCGUUAUUGUACUUCCAUUGAUCGCCUGGUUGAUAAUUCCCCUGAACCUCACCUAUAAAGCUGAUUCAUUUGACUUUAAAUCCUGGAAUCUCUUUGUGGCUCUCUGUGCACUGCCCUCAUUGAUGUUGGGCCUUUGGCUCUUUGCUUUUCCAGAAAGUCCCAAAUUUUUACUUGAAUGUGGAGAAACUGAGGCUGCACUGAAUGUUUUUAAAUGGAUAUACGCCCAGAAUACCGGAAAUGAUCCUGACACAUAUCCGGUGAAAUCACUGCAGGAGAAGCCGACCUCAAAGGACAAAAGUACAAGAGCACUGAAAUUACAUAAACGAAAGGAUUUAAAAGUCCUCACAUCGGAAGUUUGGGAUCUGACAAAAUCACUUUGUAAACCACCAUAUCUACGAAAUACUUUAUUGGCCUGUGGAAUACAAUUUGGUCUCACAAGUAGUUACUACACACUAAUGGUCUGGUUCCCCGAAUUAUUCACCAGAUUCGAAGACUUUGAAUUGGAACAUCCAGGACAAUCGACAUCGGUUUGUAUUGUUUCCUCAUUAACGGGAAAUUCAACAACAAAUUUCAAUCCACACGAUUGUGAUCCAGGAAUACCGUCAUCCGUUUAUCUUCACACAGUUUACAUUGGUCUCGCUUGUAUUCCCGGAUCAAUAAUUCUUCCACUAUUCGUUCAUAAAUUAGGCGCAAAAUUCUUCUUAAUUUUAUCGCUAAUUGUCUCGGGUGGAGUUACCGUUGGCUUUUACUAUGUGACAAAUGCAACGCAAAAUUUAAUUUUAUCCUGCGUUUUUGAGGCAUUAACUUCAUUGGGUAUUUCAUUGGUUUAUUGUGUUAUUGUCGAUAUGUUCCCCACAAAUCUUAGAGUAAUGGCCGCGGCACUAUCGCUCACAAUGGGUCGAUUGGGUGCUCUUGUUGGUAAUCUUGUUUUUGGCUAUUUGAUAGAUUUGGCGUGUGUUGUUCCCGUUAUUUUAUUCGCUGCCUUUCUAUUCUUCUGUGGUCUUCUUUCGAUAUUCUUGCCAAAAACGGGCAAAGAUACUCUCGAUUAAAAUUGUCCUCAAAAAGAAUUUUUAUUUUUGUAAAUUUUUUAUCAAAUUCUCGACACGUUCUUAGACGGGCCCAUGAAAAAAAAAUUUGGUUCCAUUAAAAUAAGCCAUCAGGACUUAUGAAGAAUAAAAGAACAAAUUCUCUUAUUCGAUAAAUUCAAAGAAAGCUGUAGUUGGAUUAAUUUACAGUGAAAAAGAAAUUUAUUUGAUUCAAAUAACCAAAUACUUAUCUACUAUCAAGUAAAUAUUUACUUAAUGAUUUUUAUUCGAAUCAAAUAAAUUGUAUUCGAACCAAUAAUUUUAGUAUUUAA